UUGGACGCGGUGAGCGUCGAGGAGCUCUCACCUCAAGUCAUAUACUCGCCCUAAAAAAAGAGCCAUACUCACCGACCAGAGAUCGCCGGUCAUCUCCCCACUUCGCCGGCCACCACCCCCGCUCGAUCCCUUUCCCAGCCAACGCAUCCACUGCUCCUCCAGCCGGGCAUAGCGAAGGCGGCCGCUCGCGCGCGACGGCGGAUGCCGGCCACCUCCCCUAACCCUUAACCUCGCCAGUCCCCACUUCGCCGGCCACCGUCCCCCGCACGAGCUCGGCGGUGCACGCCCGCCUCCUCUCCGCUUCUCUGCGGACGUCGCUCGCCGUCUCUGUUGCCUGCCGAUCUCACUUCACCAUCGACAACAGGCCCGCGCAUGGCGGCCAGACGCAACAUUCCUUAUUCUGUUCUUCCUACGGAGGACAGGGAUGAGGACAAUAUUGACCGUCGGUUCACAUACACCCCAAAAUCCUUGAGGAGGAUCCUAUCGAAGUCGAUUGCCCUAGCAUUAUUCCUCCUCUUCCUGGGAAGCUCUCUUCUGUUCCUUUCGUAUUUUAUAUUCACAGGUCACAUGGAGGGUGAUAGCACUCAGGUGUAUGGUCUAUUGUUCCUGGGUAUCCUUGCCUUUCUUCCUGGAUUUUAUGAGACCCGAGUUGCAUACUAUUCAUGGAGAGGAGCACCAGGGUACACCUUUGCGUCCAUUCCAGAUUAUUAGCCUUUGAUUUUAACUCAUCGACUGGGCAGUAAAGAUAUUGAACAGCAAGAACAAAAAUAUGAAACUUGGUCUCAAAUGGAAUGAGCACGUGUUGUUAUGUUAGUACUACAAAUAGUUGACAUGUAGGCGAAGCCACCUUCUGUUGACUCUAUUGCUCUCUUGUGCUUUGCUUGCUUGUUCAUUGCUACGUAGAUUGGUGUUUUGGAGUUACUUAGAUAUGAUUUUAGUAUGUUAUAAUCUAGAAAUAUAUUCUUAGGGCUUUGUUCUAUUUUGCUUGCUGAAGAUACUAGUAUGUAUAUUACCCCAUACUUUAUCCGUGGUUUCUGUCAAUUGCAUUAUUGUUUUUGUGCUUU